AUGGAUCCCUCUCAAACAUCCGUUAAUGCUAAUCAGCCCGAGCAAACAGAGACCAUCACUUGCAUGGAUUUUCGUUCCUACAAUGCUGCAGCAGAAGGCGAAAUUGAGGUCUUCAAAGAUAUCACCAAUUAUGAGUCUCUUCACCUCCUACUAACCCCAAAUAAAAACACAGUCCUCCAUAUUUACAUCACAGCCCUCAAAUCGGGAUCCAAUUCAAAAACCCCCAAUGCAGGAUCUGAAAUUCUUAACAUGUGUCCCUCAUUGUUGUGGCAAGCCAAUGCCAAAGGUGAAACUCCAUUGCACAUUGCAGCAAGGUAUGGGCAUAGUGACAUAGUGGAAGUUCUAACCAAAUAUUGUGCUCGAACUCUCCGUCGAGAUCUUGAAGAUUAUGGGAUUGAACUAGUAAAGAAAAUGCUCAGAAUGACGAAGAAAGAGAAAGACACGGCUUUGCACGAGGCUGUACGUUAUAAUCACCUUGAGGUGGUAAAAUUGUUGAUUAGUGAAGACCCAGAUUUCUCAUAUUCUGCUAAUGAUGCUGGUGAGACUCCACUUUACAUAGCUGCCGAGAGAGGGUUUAAAGAUGUGCUGUUCGAAAUUUUAGACAAAUGCAAAUCACCAAUGCAUGGGGGUCCCCUUGGUAGAACAGCUUUGCAUGCUGCCGUGCUACAGUUUGAUAUAGGUAUGGUCGGAAGAAUUCUGGAAAACAUUGAUGGUAUAAGUAGAGAAAAGGACAAUAACGGUUGGAUUCCACUUCACUUGGCUUUAUCCUUCAAAGACAUAGUAGAGCUAUUGUUGGAUAAAGAUAGAGAAGUAGCAUACAUGAAAGACACAAAGGGUAGGACACUUCUUCAUAUUGCAGCUCAAUAUGGUCUUGUUCAUGCAAUGAAUGUGAUUGUAGAAAGGUGUCCAGAUUGUUGCGAACUGGUUGAUAACAGAGGUUGGAAUGUACUCCAUUUUGCUAUCAAAGGGGGAAGCAUGUUUUUAGAGAAAAUCAUGGAUAUUAUAACAGAAAAUAAGUCUUUCAGCAACCUUUUGAAUGAGAAGAAUGCCGACGGGGAUACACCUCUUCAUUUCUAUUCCAAAUAUGCCACUUUUUUGAUAGUAUUAGAUUUAAUUAUAAAGAAGUUCAUGAGUCACCCUCGAGGCGACAAGAUGGCCUUCAACAAACAAAACCUCAACGCAUACGACAUCGCUGUAACUGCAAAACGUUCACAUAAAAAGAGGUCUAUAAUUCGGCAUGAAGUGCAUGGACUACUACCUCGACGAGUAAUAACUUUCGAGGAUGGGGACGAGGGUGGAGACAAGAUGGACGAAGACAGGACAUUUUUAUUGCGGAAUGCAGCAGAAGCCCAUUUGGUAGUGGCUGCACUGAUUACAACCGUGUCCUUUGCAGCAUGUAUUACCAUGCCUGGGGGUUUCGCGAGUAGUGGAGAAGGCUCACACCCAGGCUCUGCACUUCUGAAAAAAAAUGUUGCUUUCAAAGCAUUCAUUAUCACAGAUACCAUAUCCAUGGUGUUGUCAAGUUCUGCUGUCUUUAUCCACCUCUUGAUGCCAUUUCUUUUCAACAAGUAUUCCAAUGAAGACCAUAGCGAGAAUUUUCUCUUACUGGCCUUCUUCCUCAUUUUGGGGGCCAUGAUAACAAUGGUACUAGCAUUUGUCACGGGCACAUAUGCUGUGUUAAUGCAUUCCUUGAAUCUUGCUAUUGCCAACUGUAUCAUUGGCCUAACCUUCUUCGGUAUCCUCUUCCUUGUGUGUAAAAGAUUUUUUAGGCAUUAA